GCGGAGGGAGGAGGAGGAGGCCCCGUCGCGGCCUCCGCCGCCGCCAACGGGGCUGUCCCUGUAGCUCCCGAUGGAGUUUGAGGUCGCGAAGCCGCCGCCGAGUGCUGCCCCGGCGAGACGAGGCGCCUCCGCCGCCGAGCCGCGCCGUCGCGGGGCUCCCGGGAGCGGCCCUUAGCGACCCCGCCCGGGCCCCCUCAGCUUACAAAACACUACACUGCAAAAUAAUGAUCUGCUAGACUGCUAACCUGAGCAUCCACCUUCCAUAAUGCCUGUGCAGGCAGCUCAGUGGACAGAAUUUCUGUCCUGUCCAAUCUGCUAUAAUGAAUUUGAUGAGAAUGUGCAUAAACCCAUCAGCUUAGGUUGUUCACACACUGUUUGCAAGACCUGCUUAAAUAAACUUCACCGGAAAGCUUGCCCUUUCGACCAAACUGCCAUCAACACAGACAUCGAUGUGCUUCCUGUGAACUUUGCACUUCUCCAGUUAGUUGGAGCCCAGGUACCAGAUCAUCAGUCGAUAAAGUUAAGUAAUCUAGGUGAGAACAAACAUUAUGAAAUUGCAAAAAAAUGUGUUGAGGAUUUGGCACUCUACUUAAAACCACUAAGUGGAGGUAAAGGUGUAGCUAGUUUGAACCAGAGUGCACUGAGCCGUCCAAUGCAAAGGAAAUUGGUGACACUUGUAAACUGUCAACUGGUGGAGGAAGAAGGUCGUGUAAGAGCCAUGCGAGCAGCUCGUUCCCUUGGAGAAAGAACUGUCACGGAACUGAUAUUACAGCACCAGAACCCUCAGCAGUUGUCUGCCAACCUAUGGGCUGCUGUCAGGGCUCGAGGAUGCCAGUUUCUAGGGCCAGCUAUGCAAGAAGAGGCCUUGAAGUUGGUGUUGCUGGCAUUAGAAGAUGGGUCUGCUCUCUCAAGGAAAGUUCUGGUACUUUUUGUUGUACAAAGACUAGAACCAAGAUUUCCUCAGGCAUCAAAAACAAGUAUUGGUCAUGUUGUGCAACUACUGUAUCGAGCUUCUUGUUUUAAGGUUACCAAAAGAGAUGAAGAUUCUUCCCUGAUGCAGCUAAAGGAGGAAUUUCGAAGUUAUGAGGCAUUACGCAGAGAACAUGAUGCCCAGAUUGUUCAUAUUGCUAUGGAGGCAGGACUCCGCAUUUCACCCGAGCAGUGGUCCUCACUUCUUUAUGGUGACCUGGCACAUAAAUCACACAUGCAGUCUAUCAUUGAUAAGCUGCAGUCUCCAGAAUCAUUUGCAAAGAGUGUCCAGGAAUUGACAAUUGUUUUGCAACGGACAGGUGAUCCAGCUAACUUAAAUAGACUGAGGCCUCAUUUAGAACUUCUUGCAAAUAUAGACCCUAAUCCAGAUGCUGUUUCGCCAACUUGGGAGCAGCUAGAAAAUGCAAUGGUAGCUGUUAAAACAGUGGUUCAUGGCCUUGUGGAUUUCAUACAGAAUUACAGUAGAAAAGGCCAUGAAACACCUCAGCCUCAGCCAAACAGCAAAUAUAAAACUAGCAUGUGCCGAGAUCUGCGACAGCAAGGAGGGUGUCCACGAGGAACAAAUUGUACUUUUGCCCAUUCUCAGGAAGAACUUGAAAAGUAUCGCUUAAGGAACAAAAAGAUCAAUGCGACUGUAAGAACAUUUCCUCUUCUAAAUAAAGUUGGUGUAAACAGCACUGUUACAACCACAGCCGGAAAUGUCAUUUCUGUCAUAGGAAGUACUGAAACAACGGGGAAAAUGGUUCCAAGUACAAACGGAAUUUCAAAUGCAGAAAGCAGUGUUUCCCAGCUAAUCCCACGUAGUACUGACAGUUCAUUAAGAGUUCUGGAGACUGUGAAGAAAGUGGGGAAGGUUGGCACUAAUGGUCAGAAUGCUGCUGGGCCUUCUGCAGAGUCUGUAACUGAAAAUAAAAUUGGUUCUCCACCCAAGACACCUGUAAGUAAUGUAGUGGCUACCUCAGCUGGGCCCUCUUCUGUUGGAACAGAACUAAAUUCUGUGCCUCCAAAAUCCAGCCCAUUUAUAACUAGAGUACCAGUAUAUCCUCAGCAUUCUGAAAACAUUCAGUAUUUUCAAGAUCCGAGGACUCAGAUACCCUUUGAAGUCCCACAGUACCCACAGACAGGCUACUACCCACCUCCGCCAACAGUACCAGCUGGUGUGGCUCCCUGUGUUCCUCGCUUUGUGAGGUCCAAUAAUGUUCCAGAGUCCUCCCUCCCACCUGCUUCCAUGCCGUAUGCUGAUCAUUACAGCACAUUUUCCCCCCGAGAUCGAAUGAAUUCUUCUCCUUACCAACCUCCUCCUCCUCAGCCGUAUGGACCCGUUCCUCCAGUCCCUUCUGGAAUGUAUGCUCCAGUAUAUGAUAGCAGGCGCAUCUGGCGCCCACCUUUGUACCGAGAUGACAUUAUCAGAAGCAAUUCUUUACCUCCAAUGGAUGUGAUGCACUCAUCUGUCUACCAGACAUCUUUGCGGGAAAGAUACAACUCAUUAGAUGGGUAUUAUUCAAUGGCUUGUCAGCCACCCAAUGAGCCAAGGACAACUGUGCCUUUACCAAGGGAACCCUGUGGUCAUUUGAAGACCAGUUGCGAGGAGCAGAUAAGAAGAAAGCCAGAGCAGUGGGCACAGUACCACACUCAGAAAGCACCUCUUGUCUCUUCAACUCUGCCUGUUGCCACUCAGUCACCAACACCUCCUUCUCCUCUGUUCAGUGUAGACUUCCGCGCUGAUUUCUCUGAGAGUGUGAGUGGCACAAAAUUUGAAGAAGAUCGUCUUUCCCACUAUUCUCCUUGGUCUUGUGGCACCAUAGGCUCCUGUAUAAAUGCCAUCGAUUCAGAGCCCAGAGAUGUAAUUGCUAAUUCGAAUGCUGUGUUGAUGGACCUGGACAGUGGCGAUGUUAAGAGAAGAGUGCACUUAUUUGAAACUCAGAGACGGACAAAAGAAGAAGACCCGAUAAUUCCUUUUAGUGAUGGACCUAUCAUCUCAAAAUGGGGUGCAAUUUCCCGAUCGUCCCGUACAGGGUAUCACACUACAGAUCCUGUCCAAGCCACUGCUUCCCAAGGAAGUGCAACUAAGCCAAUCAGUGUAUCAGAUUAUGUCCCUUAUGUCAAUGCUGUUGAUUCGAGGUGGAGUUCUUACGGUAAUGAGGCCACAUCUUCAGCACACUAUAUAGAACGGGACAGGUUCAUUGUUACGGACUUAUCUGGUCAUAGAAAGCAUUCCAGUACUGGAGACCUUUUGAGCAUUGAACUUCAGCAGGCCAAGAGUAACUCUCUGCUUCUUCAGAGGGAGGCCAAUGCUCUGGCCAUGCAGCAGAAGUGGAACUCCCUGGAUGAAGGCCGCCACCUUACCUUAAAUCUUCUAAGCAAGGAAAUUGAACUGAGAAAUGGAGAGAGUGAUUAUGCAGAAGAUACAACUGAGACGAAGCCUGAUCGGGAUAUUGAGCUAGAGCUGUCGGCACUCGAUACUGAUGAGCCUGAUGGUCACGGGGAACAAAUCGAAGAGAUUUUAGACCUGCAGCUUGGUAUCAGUUCUCAGAGUGAUCAGCUGAUGAACGGAACAGCAGUGGAAAAUGGGCACACUGUCCAGCAGCACCAGAAGGAGCCCCUGGAGCCGAAGAGACAGAGCUUAGGUGAAGAACAUGUCAUUCUGGAGGAGCAAAAAACAAUUAUGCCGGUAACUUCUUGCUUUAGCCAGCCUCUUCCGGUGACCAUUAGCAAUGCAAGUUGCCUCCCCAUCACAGCUGUCAGUGUUGGCAACCUCAUUCUGAAAACUCAUGUUAUGUCUGAAGAGAAAAACGACUUUUUAAAACCUGUUGCAAAUGGGAAGAUGGUAAACAGCUGAAAGGAGGCUCAUCUUUCAGAUUUGUGACCAUACCGUGGAGGCAUUUACACUAGCUUUUUAUAUAUAUAAUAUAUAUUAUAUAAUGUAUAUUUUUUUUAAAAAAAAGAUAUUAUGGGGGGCAUCCAUUUCCUGUGGACUCUUUGAUACUUCAAGCCCUCUUGCAUUAGCAUUAUGAAAAAAAGUAAGAAAUUUUACUUUAUUAGGGUAACACGUUCACUUUCCAGAAGUGAUUGGAAUUUGGACAUUUAACUUAAGCUUCAAGCAGCUUUUUAUGAGUUUGUAGCAAUCCGGUGCAGUAACUGAGCCAUUUCCUAUUUUAAAUGGCUUCUAUAGAAAAUUAACAACUCAGUUAUUAAACUAGCAGGAUCCUACAAUGAUACAUCUAGUGAAAGUAGACUUAAUUAACUUAUUUAUUUCUAUUUUAUGUUUCACUGAGAAAUUUCCAUCUCAUUCCAGCUGCUUUAUUUAUCUUUUUCAUGGGACUUUGCAUGGAUUUUUUUUUCUUUUCUUUUUACUUCAAAGAGUGAAGUUAGAUGUUCUUACCAUAGAAUUUUACAGGGUUAAUAUACUAGCUUUCUUUACUGCAUUAUAUGUAGGAGUGUGGUGCAGUGCUUUUAUCUGUAGUGUUUAAUUUUUUUUUAAUUUCCCAUUUUUCAAGAAUAGUUUGUGCUUUGUUAAUAUUUAUACACAGGCUACUUGUUGAAGUAAGUAAUUAAAUAUAUAACCAAGUGCCUAAGUCUUUCAGCUGAUGUACUAGAUAUUAAAUUCUCCUAAGUUAUGCAGAAUCGUUUUUACAAUUUUGAUAAAUUAUGCACUAAUGUAAUGGCAGUUUUUUAAAAUGCAGAUUUAAGCCUGUACAUUAUUGAAUCUGAUGACUUGGCAUAAGAAUCAGGUGCUUUCAGCUUUCUUGAGAAAACCCUGUAUGUAGCGUUUGCACUGACUAACAAGAUGGCAUUGCUGGGUUUUUAAUUUAAUUAAUUUGGAUGUUCAUUGCAUUAUCUUGGUUAAAUAUUGUUUAUUGUUACUUCAUGUUGGGGUUUAAUUUUUCUUGUUUUCUGUUAGGUUGAAAAGACUAUGAACCAUGUGAUAAGAUAACAUUGGCUAACCUUUAUUCAUUCUUAAAAACAUGAAUAAUUUGUGCCCUGCUAAAAUGUGACUGGAAAGGGUUUUACUUGGCACCUGAAAGUGUGCAGUAUGUUCAUCCAGCCACGCUUCAGAUUUGUGGGAGGUAUUUUUUGAAACCUAAAUUUCAGUCAGCAUUUGAAAACUAAAACUGGGCAUUCCUUCUGGUGAUCUUACCUAGUUUGUCUCUUUGUUUUUUUCUGUUUCUUUCAGAUUAGUUUGCCUUUUAUUAUUAUUUUUUUAAUUAACUUCUGUGAAGUUGUUUACUCUGAAAAUUGUACUGGAAUAUUUUAAGCCAAGCUGAUCUUUCACCAGGUGUACUGUAUGUAAGGGCUUUUCCUGCUAGCAAGAUGCUUAAACAGGAUCAUGUUAUUGGUCGUCUGAGCUAUUUAGUUGUUUUACAAAACCACAGCAUUGUAUCAGAUAAGAUUUUGAUAAAAAGUUUUGUGCACAUUUCCAGGGGUGGGGAGGGUUGACGUUUCCCUGAAAUUUCUUGAUCGGAAUGAGUCAAUACUGGUGUUUGAUACCUGUCUUAAGGAACAUGCUCAUAAGGUGACUGAUGACGUUGUAAAUAUGCCUGAGAAACAAAGGGGUAGUUUUGAUAUUCUGGUGUCAGUAUGGAAGAUCUUACACAUUUAUUUGAUUCUCAGAUGUAUGAAGAUGUUUCUUUGUAGCAUCUCCGCGCAGUAGCCUUGACUUGUCCCCUUUGGUUCCUACUGUCCCUUUCUGCCAUGGCCAGUGCUCCCUUUCCCGACAGACGUUUUAUUUAUUUCACUCCGUCACCUGGAAUGAGUAGGAACAAGAGUUUUAAACCAUGUUACAUUAACUUAUUUCUGACAUAGAAAUUAGCCUAGGGUAUUACAGGAACAUGAUUGUUAAAUAAUUUAUAUCCAAACCUUUCUAUACGUAUGCGCUUCUUACAUUUGACAUGCUUCCACUGUACUUUAUUUGCUGUUUGUAUUUCCAAAAGGGAUGUGCAAACCAAUGUGUCUGUUUCAUGGAUAUUUAAAUAGUGAGAUCUUCCAUGUUGAAGGUAAUGUAUUUUUUUUUAAGAUUUUAAAAUCGCUAUUUUGUUACAAAAUAGAGACCUAUUAACAGUUUGAGAGCUCCUUAUGUGCCCUCAGGGAAAGAACCCUCUGUGCAACAGAACUACGCAAAACAUCUUCAGCACGUUCUGAGGGUGAAUAUAUACUACAUAAAUUGAUCUUGUGUAUUUAACCUUAUCUUUUAAUUUUAAAAUUGAAAUUUUGAAAUUGGUUGUGCUCUGCUGGAGGGGGUUGGGAUAAACUGCUUAGGUGUUUGCCUACUUGUCCAGUGAAAUUCCAUUUGCAUCACUGUAUAUGUAUAUACCUUCCAACCUUAUUGGUAUGUCUUUGAACAUUUAUAUUAAAAUAAUGCUUGUCUUGCAGCAGGUGAUCCCAUAAAACAGUUAAUUCCCUAUUAAAAAUGUACUCUCUCUCACUAACAACAUAGGAAUUGUUGGGGUUUUUCCAUAUUGUAUCAUUUAUUUAUGUAGUGGUCAAUUUCUAUUCUCCUGUUGGGUUUAAUUUUAAUGGGAGUAAAGACACUGGUGCUCUGCCACUUUAGAAGAAAGCAUAUUGUCUGAUUCUUCUCAUAAUGGUGUUUACUGAUAUUCUAGAGGGAAAAAUUCCAAACAGACAUAGGAAGACUUUUUCUUUUUUUAAAUUUGGGGUAUUCUCUAUCAUUUGACCCUUUUACCAACAUACUGUGACAUAUGUAAUAUUUUAAAAUCAGAAUAUAAAGCGAACAGAGAGGAAGUUUGUAGUGUUGUUAACUAAACUGCAUGUUUUGUCUGUGAUCUAAUUAAGAAAGCAUGGAGGUCAGGAAGAUGGGAAAAUGGUGGGUUUUUUUUUUCUUCCCACUUUUUGUUGUUUUCAGUUUCUAAGUCCCAUUCUGAAGUUCAUGUGCCUCACCACACAUCACUCACUCAGAAUGAAUAUAGCAUCCAUAGUUCUGUUUUUUAAGUCUCUGUUUAUUUUGUUUCAUAAAUUCUGAGAAAGUUCCAUAUAUAGCUCAUCUAGUUGGUACGUAAAAAAGCAUAUUUCCAUGUCUCUGCUUCUGUGACUUACUUUCAAUACCAUCUGAUCAAUCACUGUCAAGCAUGAAAGUUGUGCAUUGCACUUUGCAAGAGAAGGUAGCUCAUUGGACCUGUGGCAUUCGUUUUUAUCCUAUUAGCUGUUUGCCACACACAAGAGAAUAAAAAAAAGAAAUUUCUUUAUACUAGAACCAAAAUUUUCCAUUUGUGUAGAUCUGAUCACUUUCUCUCAAAUUUCAAGUCGAUGCUAAAAGCACGUCCCAAAUUAAUAUGCUGCCUUGAGAAAGUUACAGGAUGCAUUUCAAUUUGUAGGACUUUAAAAUGGGAUCAUUUUAAAUAAUCGAAAACAUUGCUUUAAAGACCAUCUUACCAUAUGUUUACAUUUUAGAUGUUAAAGCCCAUGUUAUCAUGUUAAUGAGGGUAGAAUUUGUAAUGAUCAGAUUCAGCAUGUGUUACCAACUUUGAAUCUGAAUAUUUCUUACCUCGCUUCUUUGAGUCAAAUUCUGAGCAUAUUAUCAGUCAAUAUUGGUAACUCAUAAUUAAAGGGAAAAGUUGCUUUGCAGCUGAAUGCAAUCAUCAGUGUUGUGGAAGAACUUUUCUUGUGUUGUAGUGAAUGAAGAGUGUUGAUGGGAUCACUUACUGUAAAACCCCCCUAUAAGCAGAACCAAAUUAACAGGCUCAAGGAGUAUUCCUUAUUCUGGACAAAUUGAAUAAAUAUGCUGGUUCUUCCUUUAUACUAGCAUUUUUGUAUCCCUUUGCUGGCAAGGGAAUACUAGUGAAAUCUUAUUUUUACUCCAAGAGCAAGUCAUUUCCCCUAAGGCAGAAAUUGGCAGGUUUUGUUUUUUUUUUUCUUUAAUAAAAAAAAAAAUUCAAGCCUCAAACCAGUGGAACACAGACACUGGCUGCACUUAGUACUGCCAAAAAACAAGGUCAUUUGCAUAUAUUUCAUCAAUCUGUCAAGAAUUAGGCCUCAAUCUAUAACCCAAGGCAUGGAAGUGCAUGCAUACUCUUAGCUGGGCAAACAAUUAUACUGUAGUUGUGAUACAACACAUGUGGCUUUUAUUUGUACUGCACAUAUCCACUGUACAGCCACUUGGGAGUAUCGUGGUUAAUUAGCUUGCAGCAACUGCUGUCUGCAUUUAUACUGUUAAUUGCAUAUUCUUUUCCCUGGAAGUGAAAGAGAAAUGUUCUCCUUGUUGCAUUGAUUACAUUUUAUAAAUUUGCUUAGCUGGAAAGUUUGGGAAAAGAGGCCUGUUUGUCAAUUGUACAACCGAUUGUGAAGCUCUAGUGUGAAUAUUUUUACGUCUGUAUUAGACAUUUUCUUUGCAAAUCUAUUGUUCGAUUGAAAUGUAAAUGAAAUUAAAGAUGGUGUACACCCAUCAUGUAAAAAGCAGGCACCAU